GGAAGCCGAGCCAUCCAGGAGGAGCCCAGGGAGCCGCACUGAGAUCCAGGGCGCCGCGGAACUGAGCAGAGCACAGAGCCCAGGCUGAGAUACAAGGAAAAUGAAGAUUCUACUGAGUAUCAUAAUGAUGGCCAUCUUAUGCACUGACUUCGUCCCUGUGUUUAAUGGGAACGCGUCAUCUGCUUUGAAAAAUACCAACAUUACCCGAAUGAGGUGGUGGAAAAUUGAAACUACACCAAGUUUAGGACCCCUCCAGUGUCACGUAUGCAUGGGUGACUUCCAGUGUCAAUCACCACAGGCGUGUGCCCCUACCGAAAAAUUCUGCAUCAUCGCUCAGACCGAGGGAAACCAGAACAACGUGAUCAAGUACUGUUCAGAAACGUGCCCGUUUAUGGAGGACUUCCAUGGAAGAGGCAGAGAGGACUUACUGUACAUUGCCUGCUGUGCCCAGAACUUGUGCAAUUAUAAAAGACUGCGGAGCGGGCACAGAGCGCUCCGUGCUAGUGUCCAAGCGGUGGCAGUGGCAUUUGUGGCGAGCUUCCUCGGGACCCUCAGGAUCGGACCAGGAUAUGUUGGGAUAGAACUGUGACCUCUGAGACCUUGCCAUGCCGCGUUCCUCUCAGUAAGAAAUUCUCACCCAUGCCAUCCCAUUAAUCUUCUGGACGGGAGCUAUCUGGGGCCCUGGGAGCCUUUCCCAUAGCUCCUGAGAGCCGUUGUAGGAUCCCUUCCCUGGCUUAUGUUCUUUAUGUUUCUUUGAGAUGUUUGGAAAAUGUUAUCUAGAUGCUCACUGGUAUUAUGAAUAGUAACAAUAAUUAUAAGAUUUUCCAUUGC